CAAACAGGCGUGGGUCGCACCAUCGCACAGCUGACGACGGCAGUAGCGACGACAGUGGAAGGGCAAGAAGCAUGCCUCAAUGCAGGAGCUGCCUUCUGCACGCUGCAGUGCGACUGCUGCAUGCCCGCUGAGCAGCAGCAGCCCUUUAUCUUCCCACUUCUUCUCCCGCACUUCGCCCUGUACAUAUACAUUCCAUACCGCAAAAGCUUGACACGGCUGUACCUGUGACACUCACCACAUCAUUACCCCCGACACCUACUUGUACCACAGCACCUGCAUACACCUACCACAGACUACAGCCGCAAGACAACUUCACCAAAACCUGCUCAACGCAUUCAAGAAUUCCAUCCCAGAAACACAACAUGGUCUCGAGAUCCGCAGUCGCAGUCCUCGCCGCAGCAACCACCGCAGCAUCACAAAGCGUCCGUGUCGUCGUCGAGACCAGCCAUGGCGGCGCCAGUAAUGGCUUGAUCAACACCACCGUCACUGUGCCAGUCAACACCAUCUACACCGACUCUGCUCUUGACGCCGUUUCCACGCUGUAUCUCACACAGGCGGAAGGUGUGGACCUCAGCUCGGUCACUUGCACACCUUUCAAGAACGGCAACGCCACCGGCAAUGCGGCCUUGCCUUUCAACAGCACUUCACCAAGCCGCAUCUCAACCAACACCGAGCAGAUCGGAUCCCUGGUUUGCGCCAGUCUGCCACAGGGAGUCACGACCCCUGCUCCGGCAAGCAUCACCCACACAGUAUCGGCCUCCUCCGCUCCACUCUACAGCAACACAACAGUGACAGCUCACAACGCAACCUCGGUGCUUCUGACGACUGUGCACCCAACUGUGCAUGCCACGCCAUCAACCUUCACUAGCAUUGCAACCUUCAGUGGCGCCAAUGGACAGACAACCUCAACAUACACCUCGGUUGUGAAUGUGGCUGCACCAACGUCGAGCGGAUCGCCCAGUCUCAACAGCCAGGGAGCUGCCCCAACCAAGGGAGUUGCUGGCUGGAUGGCCGGUGCUGCUAUCGCGGGCUUUGGAUUGAUGGCAGCCCUGUGAGAGAGUGUUUGGCACGGCACGAUACGAUGACUUUGAUGAAGAUAUGAUGGCAUGGUUGGUGUUUGACAAGACUUGUUGAUUGGCAGCUCAUAGAUACCCUCGAUCUCCCGAAGAAUGAUCAACGAUUU